AUGAAAGCUUUCACCCUGAAGCUCGCUGCAGUUCUUGCAGGCAAUGCAGUCUUGCAGGCAUGCCUGGCCCAGUCAACCACACCCACCUUAUACAGAGACCCCAGCACUGGUAUCCGGUUUGAUACGUGGACGGUGCCUAACAGUAGCGUUUCUGCGGGACUGACUUUUGGGGUGGCUCUCCCGGAGGAUGCUCUCACCUCAGAUGCAACCGAGUUCAUUGGUUACCUGUCCUGCAACUCAGCAAAGGGCGAUGGAAGCGGCUGGUGUGGGAUCUCUUUAGGAGGAUACAUGUAUAACAGCUUGCUUCUAAUGGCUUACCCUUCGGGCGAGGGCCAGGGGGAUAAAGUGCUAACCUCAUUCCGCUUUACCACCGAAUAUGCAAUGCCGAGCUUAUACACGGGCAACGCCACGCUGACGCAGAUCUCAUCGACCAUCAACUCAACGGGGUUCAGUCUGUUGUUCCGAUGCGAGGGGUGCCUCUCUUGGGAUCAGAAUGGCACGGCCGGAAACGCUUCGACGAGUUCUGGUCGCCCUUUGUUGGGGUGGGCGCAGGCCGGGGUCAAUCCCACGGAUGGCGAGUGCCCUGAUGAUUUGUCGCUGGUGAAGCAUGAUGCGCAGAGUCUUUGGUAUGCGCAGCUUGAUAGGAAUUCUACGAGCGCCUUGUAUGAUUCUUGGUCCCGGCUGGCUACGAAGGUUGUGACUGGUGAUUGUGAUGAUGAUGCUGCUAGUACUAUGUUUCGGCGGUAUUGA